CGAGACCGGGGGCCUGAGCCCGGCCCUGGAGGUGCGCAUGCUCCUGGAAGCCCCUCAGAGCAGACGGAGCAGCCCGCCCCUGGAGGUCCUCAGUGCGCAUGCCCGCGGCUGUCAGUGGAAGGGAAACUGACAGUAUGGCGGGCGAGUGCUGCUGCCAAGAUGCCACUGUUGCUCGUGAUGUUUCUACCGCCGGCAGCGCGUAUAUGGACUAGUGACGUUUUAAAAAGAAGAGGAUUUACCGACAAAAGCCUUGGGCCGUGAUCUUCCAUGAUGGCAAGGCUCGCCGACUACUUUGUUGUGGUCGGUUACGACCUGCAUAAGCGAGCAGUUGAGGGUGAGGGACAAGGUUGCAUUCUCCAGCGGUUUCCUGAGAAAGACUGGGAGGACAGCUCGUUUCCACAAGGCGUAGAGCUGUUCUGUCAGCCCAGCGGGUGGCAGCUGGUUCCAGAGCAGCAGCCGGCUUCCUUCUUUGUUGCAGUUCUGACUGACAUCAACUCAGAGCGUCACUAUUGUGCCUGCUUUACUUUCUGGGAGGGUCUGGACAAUGUACAGAGGACUGAGGUCAGCAGGGCGGAUGAGGCAGAUGAGGAGCCAGCUGUUCAGCCAGCUAAAGUCUUCGCCCCCAAGAGCCUAGUGGUGGUGUCUCGACUGGAUUACACAGAAGUGUUCAGGAACUGUCUGGGUAUGAUCUACACAAUCCAUCUGGAUAGUUUCUCCGUCCCAUUGGAAACAGUGAUUGGAAACCUUUUGACGUGUUUGAUCCCCAUCGCUGGAGGCUCCCAGACAGAUGAUUCCCCAGUUUGUAGUUUAGACAAAGUUCACCAGAGGACGAUUACGUUAGGAGCCGGUGACCGGCAGGUGAUCCAGACUCCCAUCAACGACUCUCUCCCCGUCAGCGGCAGCAGCGUGGCUCAGCUCUUCAGGCAGCUCGGAAUAAUCAACGUACUGUAUCUUUUCUGUGCGGCCCUGACGGAGCACAAGAUCUUGUUCCUGUCCAGCAGCUACCAGAGACUGACGGACGCCUGCCGAGGCCUGCUGGCCAUCAUGUUCCCCCUCACAUACAGUUUUACAUACGUGCCUAUCUUACCAGGAAAACUGCUAGAGGUCCUCAGCACUCCCACCCCUUUCAUCAUCGGUGUCAAUUCAUUCUUCCGCUCAGAGACACAAGAACUGCUGGAUGUGAUCAUAGCUGACCUGGAUGGAGGCACCAUCACCAUCCCUGAGUGUGUCCACAUCUCUCUGCUGCCUGAACCUCUGCUCCAGCAGACCCAGACUGCUCUCUCUAUGGUUUUGGAUCCGGAGCUGGAAGUUGCUGAUCAGGCUUUUCCCCCUCAGUCUCUGCAACCGUCUGCUCUCAAGAUCCAGGACAAGGAGAUCCGAGCAGUCUUUCUUUGGCUGUUUGCUCAACUUUUCCAGGGUUAUAGGUGGUGUUUACAUAUUAUUCGUAUUCACCCAGAACCCGUGAUCCGCUUCCAUAAGGCUGCCUUCCUGGGCCAGAGGGCCCUGACGGAGGACGACUUCCUCAUGAAGGUGUUGGACGGCAUGGCGUUUGCAGGCUUCGUGUCAGAGAGAGGUCCUCCCUACCGAGCCACCGACCUGUUCGAUGAUCUGGUAGCCAAUGAGGUGGAGCGGAUACGGCAAGAGGAGGCGUGUCCACACAAAGUGAUGUACCAUGUGAAGGAGCUGGCAGAGCAGCUCUUCAAAAACGAGAAUCCAUAUCCUGCUGUGGCCAUGCACAAAGUCCAGCAGCCAUCAGAAACCAACCAGAAAACCAAUCAAUCUCCCUUCCCAGUUGUGGAUGAGGUUGCAGUGCAGCUGUUUAUGGAUCAUGCUGCUGCAAAACUUAAGAGUGCCCCUCCGGUGGUCAAGGCGGAGCUGAAGAGCAUGGUGCCGUCUGGGCCAGCACUAGAAGAUGUAGUGGACAGGAAUGGGAACGUGAUGGCCAACAGCGCUCGCAGGCUGGAGGUGGUGAGGAACUGCAUCACUUACAUCUUUGAGAACAAAAUGCUGGAGGCAAAGAAGCUGAUGCCAGCGGUGCUGCGGGCGCUGAAGGGUCGAGCAGCUCGAGUUUGUUUAACCCAGGAGCUCAAUCAGCACGUCCUGCAGAACAGGGCUGUUCUGGACGACCAGCAGUUUGAUUACAUAGUCCGCAUGAUGAACUGCACCUUGCAGGACUGUUCACAUAUGGAUGAACAUGGCAUUGCUGCUGCCAUCCUUCCCCUCGUCACGGCCUUCUGCAGAAAACUGGGUGCAGGCAUCACUCAGUUUGCCUACAGCUGUGUCCAGGAGCACAUGGUGUGGACCAACAUGCAGUUCUGGGAGGCCAUGUUCUACAGCGAUGUCCAGAACCACAUCAGGGCUCUGUACCUGGAGACAGAGGAGGGAGAUCUGCAGAACAACUCGCAAGAUGGAUCUGGCAAAAAAAGGGAAAUCAGUGCCUUGGAGCUUGCGUCUGACCAGAGCCGGCUGUGGCCGACACUCAGCAAGGAAAUGCAAAUGGAGCUGGUACAGAAGGAAGAGAGCACGGUGUUCAGCCAGGCCAUUCACUACGCCAACAGGAUGAGCUACUUGCUGCUGCCGCUGGACACCAGCAAGAACCGUCUGCUGAGGAACGCUGGCCUCGGAGACGUGGAGAGUAUCAGCAACAGCUACGUGACAAACAGCAUUGCAGGCAGCAUGGCGGAGAGCUACGACACAGAGAGCGGCUUUGAAGACGCCGAGAGCUCAGACGUCGCCAACUCAGUCGUGCGCUUUAUCAACCGUUUUGUAGAUAAAGUGUGCAACGAGAGCGGUGUAACAAACGAGCAUCUUAAGGCCCUCCACACCAUGAUUCCAGAUAUUGUUCAGAUGCACAUCGAGACUUUAGAUGCAGUCCACAGGGAGAGUAAGAGACUGCCUCCAAUUCAAAAGCCUAAGCUGCUGAGGCCGACCCUGCUGCCCGGAGAGGAGCUGGUGAUGGACGGCAUGCGUGUCCACCUGAUCCCUGACGGCCGUGAGGAUGCAACAGGGCUGAUGGGAGGGCCGCCUCUCCUCCCCGCCGAGGGGGCCGUCUUCCUCACUACCUACCGCCUUAUCUUUAAAGGAACACCCACUGACCCGCUGGUGGGUGAACAGAUUGUGACUCGUACAUUCCCUAUUGCCUCUCUGACCAAGGAGAAAAGGAUCUCAGUGACGUUAACCAUGGACCAGUUUGUCCAGGAAGGACUCCAGCUGCGAUCUUGCACCUUCCAACUAAUGAAAAUUGCGUUUGAUGAGGAAAUUGCAUCCGACCUGGCCGAGGUUUUCAGGAAGCAUUUGCACAAGCUCCGCUAUCCUCAGCAUGUCCAGGGCACGUUCGCCUUCACCGUGGGUCAGAGCGGCAAGCUGGCGGUGGAGCACAAGACCAAGGACAAGAACCAGUCACUGAAGACACUUUCCAAAAACCUGGUGAAGAGUGCCAAGAGGACGAUUGGCCGACAGUAUGUGACAAGGAAAAAGUAUUCUCCCCCUACCUGGGAGAACAGGAGCAGCUUUGCAUUGGAACUAGAUGAGGACGACAUCUCAGUGUCAGAGGAAGUGGACCAGGGCGCCCUCACCCUUUCCUCAACCAUCCGCUCUUCAGACAGACAGACCAUGAGCAACGUUGUGGAGCGCGCCUGCUGCCGCGACUACCAGCGUUUGGGUCUGGGGACGCUCAGCAACAGCCUGACACGUUCCAAAAACGAACCUUUCCGUAUUUCCACAGUUAACCGCAUGUACACCGUCUGCAGGAGUUACCCCGGCCUGCUCAUCAUCCCUCAAAGCAUUCCGGACACCACCAUCCACAGAAUCUGCCGGUGCUACAGACAGAACCGCUUCCCUGUAGUGUGUUGGAGGAAUUCCCGGACUAAGGCAGUCCUGCUGCGCUCAGCAGGCCUUCAUGCCAAGGGGGUGGUAGGCUUCUUUAAGUCCCCCAACACACCUUCAUCAGUCCCCUCUCAGGCAGACUCCACCAGUCUAGAGCAGGAGAAAUAUCUCCACGCCAUCAUCAGCUCCAUGCCUUCCUACAGCGAGAGCAGUGGCAGGAACACACUAAGUGGCUUCACGUCCACACAUAUGAACUCUUCUGAUUCAUCAGAUAAGCUUAGACAGCCCAAAAUUGGAGCCCUGAUGAAGCAGGUGAUGGGUGCCAAAGAUGAUCUUCCCGGAACCUUCAGCAGAGGAGCUCUUGGUCAAAGGACCAAAGUCAUCUCCCCCUCUCAGCCCAAACUGUCGGGCAAGGCCAGGAAUCCUCCUAGAGGUAAAUGGGGGAGUAUUCGAGGCAGCGGACGUCUAAGUGCCUAUAAUCCAGAUGUGGGGACACGUCUGGCUGGGAAAGAAUCUCCACAGCCCAACGGAGGGCCUAGUGAAGCUCUGUUCCUCCGCCAGCAGAAAGCCUACCUCUACAUCAUCGGGGACAAGUCCCAGCUCAAGGGAGGGAAGCAGGACUCCUUCCAGCAGUGGGAGGUGGUCCCCAUCGACGUGUGUGACGUGCGGCAGGUGAAGAACAGCUUCAAGAAGCUGAUGAAAGCCUGCGUCCCCAGCUCCCUCACCUCUGACCCCAACAUGAGCUUCCUGCGCUGCCUGGAAGAGUCGGAGUGGAUGACUCUGCUCCACCGGGUGCUCCAAGUGUCUGUCCUGGUGGUGGAGCUUCUAGACACCGGCUCAUCCGUUAUGGUCAGCCUAGAAGACGGCUGGGAUGUUACUACACAGGUGGUGUCCCUGGUGCAGCUGCUGUCUGAUCCCUACUACAGAACCUUCGAUGGGUUCCGGCUGCUGGUGGAGAAGGAAUGGCUGUCUUUCGGUCACAGGUUCAGCCACCGUGGAGCACAGACGCUCGGCAGCCAGGGAAGUGGUUUCGUCCCGGUCUUUCUGCAGUUCCUGGACUGUGUUCACCAGAUCCACGUCCAGUUCCCCAUGGAGUUUGAGUUUAGUCAGUACUACCUGAAGUUCCUGGCCUACCACUAUGUGUCCAACCGUUUCCGCACCUUCCUGCUCGACUCCGACUACGAACGCAUCGAGCUGGGGAUAUUGUAUGAGGAGAAGGGCGAGAAGAAAUGCCCUCUGGUUUGCAAGUCUGUGUGGGAUUAUAUUGACAGACUCAACAAGAAAACACCCAUUUUCUACAACUACAUGUUCUGUCCAGAGGAUGACGAGGUAUUGCGUCCAUACACCUUUGUCUCCAACCUGAAGAUAUGGGACUUUUACACGGAGGAAACUCUGUCUGAAGGGCCGUCGUACGAUUGGGAGAUGAAGACCCAACAGGAACACAUGGCGGAGGAGACGCUAGAGAAACCUGACACCAGUGCCCCUAAAUCCCAGCGGCACGUGGUGUGGCCGUGCUACGAAAACCUGAGCAAAGUGAUGCCCGACGCCAUCACCAAGCUGCUGCAGCAGCUGCACAGUCUGGAGUCUGAGCUGGGACACGCCGCAGAGAAGUGGAAGGACACGUGGGACAAAAUGAAGACCACGCAGAGAACAGAAACCAAACUGGAAAGCAAGCCGUCGUUCUCCAGCUCCCUGCUGAUGUCGUCUAACCUGAGCCACCAGCGGCGUUCCCAGGGCCUGUGUCUGCAGGAGAGCGCCGCCGGCUCCUCCCUGAACCUGGGCAUGGACUGUGAGGCCAGCGCCACCUCCACGCCGGCGGUGGGCCGGCCCAGCACCAGCACGCUGUACAGCCAGUUCCAGAGCACCGAGAGCGAGAACAGGAGCUUUGAAGGAAUUCUCUACAAGAGAGGCGCGUUGUUGAAACCAUGGAAACCGCGGUGGUUUGUCCUGGAUAAGACCAAACAUCAGCUAAGAUACUACGAGAGCAGGCAGGACAAGGAGUGUAAGGGGGUGAUUGAGCUGGCGGACGUGGAGUCGGUCCUGAUGGGAACGCCGGCCUUGGGAGCACCGAAGAACAUUGAGGACAAAGCCUUCUUUGAUCUCAAAACGACCAAAAGAGUGUACAACUUCUGUGCCCAGGACAGUCUGAAUGCCCAGCUGUGGAUGGACAGUGUCCAGAGCUGCCUGUCCGACGCCUGAGGGGCCGGAUGAACACAUGAACCCAUGAACACUUGACUGGGAGUCGUAGUGACACGGAGGCCCCGGGGCCUUCACCACUUCAGCUGUUCCUUACUAGUGUCCAGCUAACACUCCUGUGUCACACCUUUUCUGCAUUUUUAAAACAAUUUAGAUAUAAAAUAAAAUGUAAAACAAAAACCAGAAGAACCACUUCCUAUCGUAGAUGUCGCCACCUUACCUUCUUUACAUUCUGAUCACGGUUCCUGCACCUGAACACAUGAAUGAGUGAAUAUUCAAGCAUGUUGCAUAUCAGUGAGGCGUUUGCAGCUCGGACCAGCAUGAAGAUCCUUUCACUGUAAACCACUCCUUCAUGCUUCUCAAACACGUCGGACUGCCCACAGAAUCAUCUAAGACUUAAUUUGUUCAUGACUGGACCAAACCUGCCCCGAGGAACAGACACCAUCACUCUCCUCCCGUCUCCACCGGUCAUGUGACCCACACAGUCCACUCACGCUGCUGCAGCCGCACCACAGGUUCAUGAAGUAUUUCCUUUUCUUUUGACUUUGUUUUCUAACUAUCUGAUUUGUACCAGUGAGAGAGAUGAUGCUUACUAAGGUUGCUACUGUGAAAGCCAUGAGUCGGUGGUGGAGAUGGAGCCCAGACCCGGUGGGAGAAUCGUUUAUAAACUUGAAGAAACCUGUGUCGCUAAGCUAAACUCAGCUCUCUUUACCCCCCAACCCCAGCCGUGUCUUAGACAACCACUAUGAACAUUUUUAAGGGAUGUUGAAGGGAAAAGGAGGGAUUUAUUUAGUAGUAAUGCCUUCAAAGCAGUUUCUAUCUGGAGGUGGGUUAUUCAGAGAGGUUUCAGAGGAGGGGGGUGUCCUAGCAGCAUCAGGAACAGGGUUUUGUGACGGGUGCUGUCUGUUACGGUGCUCUGGUACUGAACACAGAAUGUUUCUCAAAGGAAAAUGCUGGUAUAUAUAUUUUUGGGUUGUAUUUUUUUAUUCUCCCUGUUAUGAAUUCUGGCCAAGCUAGAUUUGCACUGCCUUUAAAUGAGGACUACUCAAUAUUUUGAGGCAAGCAGAAGUUAAUUUCCAGUGCUAAGUGACAGGAAACACAGAAAUAGACGAGGGAUAAGUGAGGACUGUGAGCAGGACCCGCCAGUCAGAACUGAGUCCAACAUGGGACGGAGAGCUAGAAUGAAUAAACCUUAAUUUUCCAGUGAAAGUAUCAAAAUCCCUAAAAACACUGGUCACAUCUUGACAUUCUUCCUUAACAUCCACUUCUAGCCUGGUGGAGUUAAAUCUCACUGCACCUUUCAGGUUCUGUGUACGACGGAGUAUAAGGGCCAAACUAAGACAAAA